AACCCCCAAUUACAUAAACGCGACACGCCGGUGAUAAGGGUGACCUCGGUGUCUCAUAUCGUCGCGCUUCUCUUCAUUUCGUUUCAUUUCAUUUCUCCUCUUUGCAACUUUUAACCCCUUCAAAAAUGAGAACCAAAGUGCUCGACAUGGCUCAAAAAGUGACCCGUCAAAUCAUCAGCUCCGCAAAUGCUCCAGGAGCUAUCGGACCAUACAGUCAAGCCGUUCGUGCCGGAAAUACCAUCUACCUUUCCGGAUCUCUUGGCUUGGAUCCAAAAACUGGAGAUUUGAAGGAGGGCGUCGUUGAGCAAACUCAUCAAAGUCUCAAAAAUCUCGGAGAAGUUCUUAAGGCAGCUGGAGCUGAUUAUGGAAACGUCGUCAAAACCACAGUUCUUCUUCAAAAUAUUGCUGAUUUUGCUGCCGUCAAUGAGGUCUACGGACAAUAUUUCAAGUCUCCAUAUCCAGCUCGUGCUGCUUAUCAAGUUGCCGCGCUUCCAAAAGGCGGACUUGUCGAGAUUGAAGCCGUCGCGAUUGCUGGAGAAAUCGAGGAAGUUAAAAAUUAAAAAUUAAUGUGAUUUUAUGUAAAAACAAUAAAGUUUUAUUUUCC